UAAGGUUAUGUACACUCUUUGCCGUAUAUGCUUUUUUUGUCCUUUUCUAACUCACAUGUUGUCAUGGCAACACGCGUGCUUUAGAAAAGGACAAAAAUUAGGUGUCCACAAGUGUAAAUCGACUUUUAAUUAAUUUUAUUUUUUUUUCAAUAAAACCAGAGUUUGAAAUUAACAAAUGUUAUGAGUAUGAUGGAUUGGACGGUUUUAACAAGAAAUACAAAACAAGGACUUCUUCUAAUCUGUUUACGUGCAAGUCAUCCAAUAAUUAUAACAAGUGGACCUAUUAUUCCAAUGACUUAUGAUACUUUUCUCACGAUUUUAAGAACAUCUUACGCGGCUUACCAUUUACUUCAAAAUGCAAAUACCCUUACUUACCAAUAAGAGGAAAAGAGACAAAAAAAUUGUCUUUUUAUCUUACUUAUUUUCGUUACCAUGGCAACCAGAAGCGUGCACCACUUGACAUGUGAACGUAACGUAAAAAUUUUCUGUAACAAAUAACAAAAAAAAAAUUCCCUAAAAUCUAGGAACUUUUGUGAAAAAAAAUGUAAUUUUCUAUUUGUAUUUUAUUCCAUAAGUUCAAAAAAUAAUAAAUAG